AUGGGGGCAGCUGUGUCAUCCGGAAGACAAAUCUCACGUACGGCGAGCACUUCACCCCACGGUCACUCGCAGGCCAUGCUGCUUGUAAACGGAUCUGUGAGACGGGAUGCGCGAGGAGGAUUAAACUAUCCAAUAUCCAACGGGGAUGUCGGUGUUGAUCUUGGCACCAUGCACAAAAUCGAUCAACGACGUAAAAAGAUAGGGGCCACUAUUGAUGAGGAAAUUCAAAAUACAUGUAAAGAGGCUGAUCCUGCCACAUUGCACAUUCUCAAUGCCGUUAAGGAGGCGGACAUGUUGCCUGAUAGCAAGGCUUCACUAAAGCUGCAAUUGCUGCAUGAUUGUUACCCCUUUCUGGAGCAGGUUCCCCCACACCGUUUUGACCACCUCGCAGUACUUGUGUAUCAAAAGGAGGGUGACGUCUACUUUAGUCAAGGUGACGUGGAAGGUGCCAAGACGACAUACAGUCGUGCUAUUCAAAUUGCGGAAACGCGUGUGGCUCGUGGCGAGAAGGAGAUAUACAUGGUUCUCAAAAGGUAUGUCCUGGCUAUGGUGGGCAUGGCACGGUUAUGGUACGCACAGGAACGCGAUACUACCGGUUUCACGUUUGCUGACAAGGACCUUCCCAUGAUGACCCCACGGGAGACUAGUAUAAGCUCGCUGAACUCCCUCGAAAGUAGUGUGCUUUCCGACACUAGUAUGUUUAGCCUGAAUCAAGCAAUUUUAAAGUCUAUGGCACCAAAAUCGCCACGCCGUCGCGCUGGUCCAGCAGUUAACGUUGUACAGUUGCUUCGUCCGGUGACAAUGAAAAUGAACUUUACGGCUGAAGACGAUUUUGUGCUGCGAAGCAAAAUGACACGUGAGUUAAAGGCAUCUCCAUGUGAGUUAUUACUUCUGCGGUGUAUCGAGGUAGUAGAGAUAGGACACCGGCGGCAGUCCGAGCUGCUCAUUCCCGCUCUCAUCGAGCUGGCACAGAUAUACGAGGAAUUGCGUCUUUACAAUCGCUCCCUUUUGUUAGUGCGCCGUUGCCUUGGUAUUUUAUCUGUUGUGUAUGAUUACGACCAUCCAUGGAUAAUACAGCUGCGGCGCCGUGCGGACUUUAUUGUAGAAUGUGUAGAUGAAUAUAACAAGGCGAAUAUGGCGACGAAGAUUCAAGCGACUUGGAAGAUGUUCAAGGCGAUGCGCCUACUAGAAGAGACUAUUGGACGGCCAGUCAUGCGCCAUGUGUGGAGUCCAGCGACGUACCGAAACCAGGCAAAUGAUACAAAUUUCCUCAAUGAGUUUGUGAACGACCUGCCGGAAGGCACCGUAUUGUGUGGCACAGGUGAACUGGAUGAACUCCUUGACACGGGUGGCGGAGUCGAUGAGGAAAAGAAGGUGAAUGGCAGCGAACACAGCGUGAGCGACAGGCCCUUGCCACCUGCGGUACUACGCGGUGAGGGGAGUCGUGGGCCGUCAACGGAAUUAAAGAUGGAACGACCACUGUCCUCUUUGCGACGUAGCACGCGAGCGAUGGAAGGAGCCACAUUGCCUCUAGGUGCCAUUGGUGGGCCGUACGAGGAGUUCCCCGUCGCAGCGGAGUAUCUACCGACGCAUGGGGAGGGUCGGAUCCCUGCAAACAUCACGCUUAUACCAAAUGGACGUAUUUCCGGUGCAAAACGGGAUAUGCAGACCGACAUGCACGUACAGCGCACUGCCCAGGGUGAGGUCCUGACAAUCCGCACGACGACAGUCAUUCGCACCUCAACGGAGCAAGAUAUCAGCAGAAACGGGGAGGACUUCAUUGACGAGGAAGAGGAAUAUGUUGCCGAGCAUGACGCAAGGGAGGCAGAGGGGAGGGGUCGGGUCGCCAUCCGGUAG